GAUUGGGCAGGAUUGACUUGAUUGUAUAAUUCUCAUAAUUCUCAAAGACAUUAUUGAUAACAUGGUGGUGGUGGUUUGACGCUGGCGGAGCAAAAAGUAUACUAGCGAUAAAGUCAAGGAAUAUUAAAUAUUGGAUGGGCCGCCAUAUAGUGUAUAACAUCCUUUAUGGUCAUUUAAAACUUUAAAACUGUCAAAUCAAGAUGGGAUGGGUUUGCAUUCAGGAUGUAAACAAACAAUCGGAUUUCCUUGGAGAUCGUUUAUUGCGAGGUUCAAUCAAUUUAUUAUUAAAGCUAGCAUAUAAGAAUGGUUUCCUCAUAUGUUAUACUAAAAUUAUUCAACAAAGCUACGUCCGACAGACGGCAAAAUAAUCGCGAGAGAAAUGAAACACUCAGCGGAAGUUUAUCUAUAACGACUCAACGAGAAAACAAUACAAACAAAUGUAGAAUUUGUUUAAAGGAAGGCACCGUUCCUAUUUAUAAUGACCUGGGCGAUGUAAUGGCUGUAGAUAUCAGUACUUUUGGUGGUAUAGACUUAAGUGAGGAUGAUGAAUCCCUUCACUUCAUGUGUGAUCCGUGCAGUAAAUUACUUGAAGCGGCAAUUCUAUUUCGAAAAACCGCAAAAAAAACGGAUCAAAUAUUGAAAAACAUAGCGGCAAAAAACACAAAGCUUUCCAUUGAAUCUAAAGGAUCGUCAACACAAGAAAAAGUUGAAGACAAUUCUGAAUCAUCUACAUUAGUCAUACAAAGUUACUUCUCGUCUGUUGCCAGUAACAUCGGUGACGCUGAGGAAUCUCUAACUGUUAAACCAAUUAAAAAGAUACCUAAAGUGCAAUGUAGAGUCUGCUUUAAAGUGAUUACAAAAUCCUACUACAAAGAGCAUUUUGCUCUCCAUGAUCAUACUGCAGCUAAAUACGUAUGCGACAUCUGUGGGAAAUCCUUUCGCCAGCGCUGUUCAUAUAGGAAACACUACUUCACACACAGUUCAGAAUUCCCUUGGAAAUGUAAGCUAUGCCCCUACAGGGGUCGCCAUUCAGGUCUACUGAAAACUCACAUGCAUGUACACACAGGGGAUUAUAGAUUCAUGUGUACUGAAUGCCCAGCUAGAUUUCUAACAAAAAGUAAUUUGAACAAGCAUUCUUUAAAACACAAAGAACCAUUAUUCAAAUGUGAUACUUGUCAGCGAGGCUUCCACUCUAAGCUUAAUUUGGAAAGACACUUUGAAGCAGACCAUUUGGGAAUAAAAAAUCACAUUUGUCAUGUUUGUGGAAAGGCAUUUGGGUAUAGAAAGGCUAUGAUGAGACAUCAGUUAGAUGUUCACAAGAGAGAAAAGAAAGUUAAUGGUAGAACACCAGCUUAUAUUGAGGCAGAGUUAAAGAAUUUGGAUUCUUUUUUAUGAAGACAGCUUGUUGGUGGUCUUUCAUAAUAUAGUCUAUAGUUGAAAAGUUAUAUUAAAAUUAAAGCUUAACCCUAUACACAAAUAAUUCUUGUUUUUAGGUAAAAUACUCAAAUCAGUCUUCCCAUGCAAAGAAGUUUGGUAUACAUAAUUUUUUCGUUAUGUAAAAAAUAUAUCAUUGUUUUUCUUAUACACUACUAUUCUUUUAUUUCAUGACC